AUGGUAUUGGGACAUCUUCUUCUGGUCCAUCAUCUUCGGAGGCAGUUCCGGGCUCUCAGACAUCCCAGAGAGUUUCUUGGACCUCAUAUGCCUCCACCUCCUCCUCCUCCAGCCGCUGCACCUCAGCCUGUCCCAGCAGGUGCAGUUCAUCCAGAUUUGUGUGUGCCUCCAUGUGCUCCAUACUCGAGAUAUACAGUAGAGAUUUGCUCGCCCAGCCUGGACGAGAGGGCUUGGAUGUUCUGGAUCUCGAUAGACCACCCGGAACUUAUUGGUUUGGAGCCAACAACCGUUCGGAGCGUGUCGGAGAUAAUCAAGGGCUACUACGACGGAGCCUACCCGAAUUGGAGCAAGACUCCAUACCACCAAAGGUGGCACUGGUCCUUGGGAAUCACCAAGAGGGUGAAGAGGGAAUUCAUUGCAAAGGAAAAGAUCCGCCUUUGCAACACUGUCUCCGAUUGGAAGGACAAGUGGGAGAUCAGGGUUAUGAAGGAAAGCCCACCGAGCUUACGAAGGAUGUAUGGGAUGAUCUUAUCGCCUUUUGGAAGCUACCCUCUUCUACCCGUAAGGCGAACUCGUGCUCCGCUUCCCAAGGAACGAAGGACAAAGAUGGUUAUUUGCCCAUGGUUCACAGAACUGGACAAAAGUCUCACGCUGGAAUCCACGGGAGUCUUACCAUCUAUGUCUGAUCUAUUCAAGAUGACUCACGUCACAUCAGACGGGAUUUUUGUGGAUCCGGUAUCCGAGAAACUCUUCAACGCAUUGGCUUCUCAGGUUGAAGAGUGGGAGACGCAAUUAGCCCAGCAGUCUCCCGAUGGAUUACCCGUCAAACUGACGACCGAAAAGGUCGACAUGAUCUUCGAAGAGGUGGCCCCUAGAAAGAAGGGAUGGAUAGUGGGCAUCGGUUCUGUUAACAAAGUUGCUAAGGAAACUUCUUCAUAUGCUUCGAGACGGGAUGAAGAGAACUCUCAAAUGAGAGUUCGGAUGGAUAGCCAGCAUGAUCGUUUAGACUCUUUUGAAGAUAUACUGGAUGUGAUGGCGGUGGGAAACCCGACUUUGCAGAGAGCAUUAAAUGAGAGGUGA